GCCCCGAUGGCACUGGCUGCAGGCUGUGAGGUCGGCCCAGCGCGGUGCAGCGAGCGCCCCUCGCGCCCCGCUACCCGCUCCGCCAGUCUCGGCGCCCCUGCCGCGAACCCGCCAUGCCCGAGCAGCUCAGCGUCGCGGAGUUCUUGGCCGUCACCGCGGAGGACCUCAGCUCCCCGGCCGGGGCCGCCGCCUUUACCGCCAAGAUGCUCCGGUGCCGGGGGGCUGCACUGGCACGGGAGGAGAUCCUAGAAGGAGACCAGGCCAUCCUGCAGAGAAUAAAGAAAGCUGUGCGGGCAAUCCACAGCUCCGGCCUUGGCCACGUGGAGAAUGAGGAGCAGUACCGAGAGGCUGUAGAGUCCUUGGGCAACAGCCACUUGUCCCAAAACAGUCAUGAGCUGUCCACCGGCUUCCUGAACUUGGCCGUGUUCACCCGCGAGGUGGCUGCACUUUUCAAGAACCUGGUGAGGCCCUGUUCCUUUCUCACCCAGCCCUUAGCCCCAGGCGCCCCUGGGAAAAUUAUUCUUUUUAAACCACAGGAUUCCAGAAAGCAGCUGGAGAAGGCAUGGAAGGACUACGAAGCCAAAAUGGCCAGGCUGGAGAAGGAGAGGGACCGGGCCAGAGUGACAGGAGGGAGCCCCGGGGAGGUGGCUCAGGACACACAGAGAGAACGACGCAUCUUCCAGCUGCACAUGUGUGAGUAUCUGCUGAGAGCCGGGGAGAGCCAGAUGAAGCAGGGUCCUGAUUUCCUGCAGAGCCUCAUCAAGUUCUUCCACGCCCAGCACAACUUUUUCCAAGACGGCUGGAAGGCUGCUCAGAGCCUGUCCCCCUUCAUCGAAAAGCUCGCGGCCUCUGUGCACACGCUGCAUCAAGCCCAGGAGGAGGAGCUACAGCAGCUGACCCAGCUCCGGGACUCCCUGCGAGGGACCCUGCAGCUUGAGAGCAGAGAGGAGAAUCUGAGCCGGAAGAACUCAGGAGCUGGAUACAGCAUCCAUCAGCACCAAGGCAACAAGCAGUUUGGGACGGAGAAGGUGGGCUUUCUGUACAAGAAAAGUGAUGGAAUUCGAAGAGUCUGGCAGAAAAGGAAGUGUGGAGUCAAGUACGGCUGCCUGACCAUCUCACACAGCACGAUAAACCGGCCCCCCGUGAAGCUGACCCUGCUGACGUGCCAAGUGAGGCCAAACCCUGAGGAGAAAAAGUGCUUUGACCUGGUGACCCACAACAGGACAUACCACUUCCAGGCAGAGGAUGAACAUGAGUGUGAGGCGUGGGUGUCAGUGCUACAAAACAGCAAGGAUGAGGCCUUGAGCAGUGCCUUCCUCGGGGAGCCCAGCGGCGGCCCGGGGCCCUGGGGGGGCGCUGGGCUGGACGGGGAGCCCCAGGACCUCACGAAGCUGCUCAUCGCGGAGGUGAAGAGCAGGCCCGGAAACAGCCAGUGCUGCGACUGCGGGGCUGCAGACCCCACGUGGCUCAGCACCAACCUGGGCGUCCUCACCUGCAUCCAGUGCUCCGGCGUCCACCGCGAGCUGGGUGUGCGCUUCUCGCGCAUGCAGUCCCUCACCUUGGACCUGCUGGGCCCUUCCGAGCUGCUGCUGGCCUUGAACAUCGGAAACACUCGCUUCAAUGAGGUUAUGGAGGCCCAGCUGCCCUCACACGGCGGCCCUAAACCCUCAGCUGAGAGUGAUAUGAGCUCGCGCCGGGACUAUAUUGUGGCCAAGUACGUGGAACACAGGUUUGCCCGCCGGUCCACACCCGAGCCUCAGAGACUCCGGACGGCCAUUUGCAACCGGGACCUCCUGUCAGUACUGGAGGCCUUCGCUAACGGGCAGGACUUUGGACAGCUGCUGCCUGGGCCUGAUGGGCAGGCACCUGGAGAGCUCGCCCUGCACUUGGCCAUCAGAGUCGCCAACCAGGCCUCCCUGCCCCUGGUGGAUUUCAUCAUCCAAAAUGGAGGUCAGCUGGAUGCCAAGGCCACCGACGGGAACAGUGCUGUGCACUGUGCAGCUCUCCACAACCAGCCCGACUGCCUCAAGCUGCUGCUGAAAGGGAGAGCUUCCGUGGGCACAGUGAACAAGGCAGGAGAGACAGCUCUGGACAUAGCCAGGAAGAAGCAGCACAAGGAGUGUGAGGAGCUGCUGGAGCAGGCCCAGGCUGGGACCCUCGCCUUCCCUCUGCACGUGGACUACUCCUGGGGAGUCUCCACAGAGCCUGGCUCUGACAGUGAGGAGGAGGAAGAAGAGAAGCGCUACUGUCUGAAGCCCCCAGCCCAGACCCGCUGGGCCAGCGGGAGGGUCGACCUCAGCAACAAGACGUAUGAGACCAUCGGCAGCCUGGAACCAUCGACCCCCCAAAGCCAGAGCGAGCCCUCUCCCCCACCCUUGCCGGUCAAAAACCCUUCUCGGACCAUGGUCCAAGGGCGUGCAGGACAUGCCAGUGGAGAUCAUUCUGAAGUCCCCAGCCUGAGCUCAGAGCCCUCUGGAGCCCCUGAGAGCCUGGGCAGUCCAGCCUCCACCCCUUCCAGCCUCACAAGCCCAGGCGAAGCUGGAGGUCCCAGCCAGACUCCCCCACCGAGCUCUGAGGAGGGCCUCUGGGAGCCCCCUGGCCCCUCCCGACCCAGCCUGCCAUCUGGAACCACCUCCACAGAGAUGUAUCCCCCGGUCAAGUUCAGCUCCGAGAGCACCCGCUCCUACCGGCGGAGUGGGCUGAGCCCGGAAGACCGUCCCUCAGCCAGGCAGCCUCUGCGCAGAAGGAACACGCCGGUAUGA